AACAGAUCUGUCAUAUUUCAGCUGUCACGCUGUCUCUUGGACAAAGCACCCCAGGCGAAGGAAGAGUGUGGGAGGAAAGCCAUGCCCCCCCACCCUGACCGGGGUCAGUGUGGCGUGGCAAAACCUCCACGAUUUUCUUUGAAAGACGGGCGUGAACUCAAGCCUGCUUGGGUGGUGGAAUGGAGGGGGCCAAAGGGCCCUGCGAAUGGAAUCCAGUCAUAUCCACCCUCAAUAGUUUCGACACUCAGAAUUAUUAGUACCCUAUUUGCACAGGCCCCACCCCAUCCAUCUCCUCGUUUGGUGCAGCAGCAGGCCACAUAGGAGAGCAUGUCCUCCUGGCUCCGCUGUUGCCAGCGUAAGCCAUGUGCAUUGCUUACAUGCCCCUGAACUGCGACAGUCAUGCCAUGUAUCCAAAGCAGAUUCAAACGCACCAUGCCAUGCAUAACUUUGGCGUUGCCCAUUGAUAUAACCAUGGCUCGACGGGGUUCGCAAAUUGAAGUUUGAAGAUCCUAGGCGGCAGUAGUGACCGUUCAAACACUGUAUGAAACCUCCAGAAAAGUUUCCCAAGGUGAUGUCGAGUCGGGCGGUGGUGGCGCGAAUUGCGGCGGCGGUGGCGGUGUGGAUGGCGUGCGCGGGCGUGUUGGCGGGGCUGGUGGCGUGGAGGGUGCAGAAGGGCUUCGACGACAAUCGCAAGGCGGAGCUCGACGCCUGGUGCGCCGGUCGAGCGCGCUCGCUGCAGCAGCAGUUUAUGCUGACCGCCGAUCACGUGCAGGUGCUGGCGGGUCUGGCCACGGUGUUUGGCGGCGUGCGGAGGAACCCCUGGGCGGUGGGCAGCUGCAUGACGCAGAGGCGCUUUGUGCACUUCGUGGAGCGCACCAUCCCCGCGCAGCCCUGGGUGCACGCCGUGGGCUACAUGGCCAUCAUCAACGGCUCCGACAGGGCGGCCUUUGAGCGUCAGGCGCACUGCCAGCUGCUGGACAUACUGGGGAAGUCGGCCCCGGUGGCGGACUGGUACAUGAACUCGCGCAUGUGGUUUCAAGAAAACCCCCCGCUGCCACUGCUGGAGAUGACGUCUACCUGUGUCAACGUGCGCACGCACCCCUCGUACGGCCCGCAGCUCAACCGCAUGCACGAGCUGGGCGCCAACCUGCUCAGCUUGCCCUACGUGCUCGACAAUGGGCAAGUGGGCAUGGGCAUGGGAUUCCCAAUCUUCAAGGACGGUGUGACCACAUCGUCCCCCCUGGCGGAGCGGCAGGCGGCGCUCAUCGGGCUCAUCGCGGCGUCCAUCGACUUCAACAGCCUCGCCGCUUUCAUCAUCAGCGAGGUCCUUCGGCAAGGUGUGGAGUAUGCCCUUGAGGUCUAUGAUGUCACCUCCACUGACACUCUCGCCUUCUCCUCCACCGCCUCUGCCGUCUCCAUUGACGGCACCUCGCCUGCCCGUCGCCUGCUGUACGGCGUGGGCGACCUGCCUCAGGGCGAUCCCAUGCAAGUGUCAAAGCUCAUUCCGCCCUCCAACGAAACCAUGCUGCAGCCACACCGCUACAAGUCCGUGCAGCAAAUCAAUGUCACUGACACUUCGCGAUCUUACCAGAUGUGGUGCCGCUUCGGCGGCUUGGACACGGCGCACAGCUGGACGGCCAUUCUGCUGGCCACCGUCAUAGUGGUGGUGGCGGCGCUGCUGGCCGCCAUCGGCGUGAGCGUGGCGUGCAACACGCGGGCCGUGCGGGAGAAGACGGUGGCGCUGGAGAUGCUCAAGGAGAAGACGCAGGAGGCCGAGAGGAACAAGAGUGCCUUCAUUGCCAACACGGCUCAUGAGCUCCGCACGCCGAUCAUCGGCGUCAGGGGCAUGUUGGAGGAGCUGGCGGAGGGCCAGGUGGACGAGGGGCAGCGGGAGGACGUGGGCACGGCGGUGGGCGAGGUGGAGCGCAUCCUGGCGCUCAUCAAUGUCGUGCUCGACGUCUCCAAGGCCGAGGCUGGCCGCCUGCAGCUCGAGACCCUGCCCUUCCACCUGCGCUGCUGGCUGCGCGAGGCGCUGCACACCCAUGCACACGCCGCGCAGGCUCGACACCUGGACUUCACAUGCCAUGUGGACACUAGUGUGCCGGAGGUGCUGGUGGGGGACUACCUGCGCCUGCAGCAAGUGGUGGACAGCAUCGUUGACAACGCCAUCAAGUUCACGUCCAGUGGAGGGGUGUGUGUGCGGCUGCAGUGCCUCCCCGCCACCACCGACAUCCCCGCUCACCUUCGAUCACUCGGCUGCCACGUGGCUCAACACACCCCAGCUGCUGCCAACGCUCCCGCCGCUGCCACCAGAGCUGCUGCGCGUGGCAAUGAGGGGGGGGGUGCAGCGAGGGCGCCGUUCAUGGAGCAGGUGGAGCAGCGCGGGCUGGCAGCGGCUGUGAUGGGCGUGUGGGCGCCGCGGCUGCUGCAGGAGCGGCUGGCCUCGCUCAAUGCGUGGCCGCUCGCAUGCCCCCUGCACACGGGCAUGGUCACGGAGAGGGAGUGGUGGGGGGGGGAGGAUGGGGAGAGUCAGGUGGGGGAGGAGGGCGAGAGGCUAAGGGAGUGUGAGGAGGAUGAGGCGCGGAGGGAGUGCGAGGAGGGAGAGGGGGCAAGUGCAGAGCAAGGGCGCAGUGAAGGGCUCGGUGGUGAGGCCUGGGGGAGAGGUGAAGGGGGGGAUGCAGCAAGGCAACCAGGGGAAGCUGAGGGCACGAGAGGAGAGACACAUGGACGUUUGGCGUUGGAGAAGAGUGGAGAUAGGGAGAAGGAAGGAAGGGGAAACAUUGUUUUGAGGGAGGGUGGCACGGAGAGAGCUUUGUUGAGGCAUGCAGAUGAGGGUGAGGGGGAUGGCCAUGGUAUAGGGGGGCCUUGUGUUGGCGCACGUGAGGGAGGUGCAUGUGAGGGAGGUGCAUGCGAGAGAGGUGCUUGCGAGGGAGAUGCAUGCGGGAGAGGUGCAUGCGGGGGAGGUGCAUGCAGGGGAGGUGCAUGCGGGGGAGGUGCAUGUGGGGGAGGUGCAUGUGGGGGGGGUGCAUGUUCGGGGGGUGCAUGCGAGGGUGGUGCAUGCGAGGGAGGUGCAUGCGAGGGAGGUGCAUGCGAGGGAGGUGCAUGCGAGGGAGGUGCAUGCGGGGGAGGUGCAUGCAGGGGAGGUGCAUGUGAGGGAGGUGCAUGUGAAAGAUGUGCAUGUGGGGGAGGUGGCAACAAGGGUGCAUGGAUGGAUGCAGCGAGGCAGUGGUUGUGCGGGCCUUGCACUGAAGGGAGCGUGGUGUCUGAGGGGAAUGCUGACAGGCGAUUGGUGCUGCUGCUGACGUGUGAGGACACGGGGUGUGGGAUAGUCGAGGUGGAGCAAGCUGAUGUCUUCCACGCAUUCAUGCAGCCACACCAGAAGAGACACGAUCAUGGCGGUAGCGGGAUGAGCCUUCACUUGUCGCGACAGCUGGUGUCCCUUUUGGGUGGCAGCAUUGGUCUGCUCAGCACGGAGGGCCAUGGCACCACUCUGCACGUCGCUAUGCCAUUCACUGCUGCCGCUGCACCUUCUCCUCUUACUGCUGCUGCUUCGUCUGCUGCUGCUGCUUAUGCUGCUACCUCUUUUGGUAGUGACGCUAGCAGUGGCUGCGGGCCUCACCCCAGCAGAAGCUGGAGUGCGAGCGAGGGCGAGCACGGGUGUGGAGGGGGGGAGAGCACAAGUGGAGUGAAGGUGGGGGGUGAGAGGGUGCAGAGUGCCAAGGAGGCUCUCAAGGAGAUGCUGCAGGGCAUGGCGAUCCUGGUGGUGGACGACAAUGUGAUAAACCGGCGGGUGGCAGCGAGCACGCUGGGGCGAUACGGUGCUGACGUCACACUGGCAGAGUCAGGCGAGGCGGCUCUGCUGCUGCUGCAGCCGCCGCACUCCUUCCGCCUCGUGCUCAUGGACCUCCACAUGCCCCUCAUGGACGGCUACCAGGCCACGGCCCUGCUGCGCGCCAUGGAGGGGGGCGCGGGGCGCAUGGAGAGCAUCUCAGAGCUGCUGGAGGGGGGUGCUGAGGGCCUGGAGGGGGGCCCACAACGGCAGCAGCGCACGCAUGUGGUGGCCAUGUCAGCAGAUGUCGACAGCGCCGUUGCUGCCCGUGCCACUGAGGCCGGCAUGGAUGGGGCGGUGCAGAAGCCACUCAAUGAGAAAGUGCUGCUUAAGGUUCUUUCAACUUUGUCUGCGAAGCAACGGAGGUACAGAACCCACUCAAUGUGACGCGUUAAAGCCCGCGGCUCAAAUAGCGAAGUCAGAAACCACUUGGAAAUUUGAGAAAGGGAAAAAUGACAGAAGGAUGAAACACCCUACAUACCGCUUUCCCUCGGAUAAAACACCUGCCAAUCCUAAUCACCCAUGGUUUGUGUGGGCGGACCUGGGUGCUGAAUUGAACUGGAUAUUCAGACCACCCUACUUUUGGACAUGAAUUCUACACACCACCCCACCCCCACCCGGGUCUCGAAGUGUCCUAAACGGCAGCGAACUCCAGGAAUAUGAAGUGCGUGGCCCGUCAGGUCCGACCCGAGUGGAGGUUUCAAGGUACCGUACACUGAUUCGAAAGGGAAACCCAAGAAAGUACUCUGAUUCGACACAUGUUCUCAAAACAAAUCGAGAAGAGCAGUUCAAAUGAAAUCUUGACAAUAUU